UUCACUUAUGCAAAACGUUUAAGAAGAGAAUCGGACCGUAGCCUAUGUACGCAGUGAUGUUCACGUAUCACGUAAUCACUUGAAGUUUGUCACUUGAUAUAAAAGCAACUGGAGUAAGCAAUCAAAAUAAUCAGUCACUAUGAUUCGUUCGUGUAUUUUCAUCGCGGCGUUGAUCGUUCUGGCCGGCUCGAAUGCGGUCCAGGAAGCGGAUAAGGAUUGGUAUAAGAACAGUUUGGUGUAUCAGAUCUAUCCGAGAAGCUUCAAGGACAGUAAUGGCGAUGGCAUUGGCGAUUUGAACGGUAUCACGAAUGAGUUGGAGCACAUUAAGGACAUUGGCGCCGAUGCGUUAUGGAUGUCACCGAUCUUUUCCAGUCCACAGAAAGAUUUCGGCUAUGAUGUUUCUAAUUUUACCAAUAUCAAUCCAGAGUACGGCACCUUAGAUGAUUUUAAAAAACUCGUACAGAAGGCACAAUCCCUUGGGCUGAAAGUAAUCCUUGAUUUCGUGCCGAAUCACAGCUCUAAUCAACAUGAAUGGUUUAUCAAAAGUGUCCACCGUAUUGAACCCUACGACGAAUACUAUGUAUGGCGUAACGCAACAUAUGAAAAUAAUGUUGCUAAACCACCGAACAACUGGUUGAGUAAUUUUGGAGGCUCUGCCUGGGAAUGGAACGAAAUACGAGGGCAGUAUUAUCUGCAUCAGUUCGCUGCUGGACAGCCAGAUCUCAAUUAUCGUAAUAGUAAGCUGCGAGAAGAAAUGAAAAAAGUGUUGGUAUUCUGGAUGGAUCUGGGCGUAAAAGGUUUUCGCAUUGAUGCGAUCAAUCAUAUGUAUGAGAAUGAUCAAUUCUUGGAUGAACCGUUAAGUAACUUAGACGUACCAAGCGAUGAUUACGACUACUUGAAUCACAUUUACACAAAAAAUCUUCCCGAAACUUACGAGGUUCUCAAGACUUGGAGGGAGUUGAUGGACAGUCACUCGACGGGUGACACGAAGAUGAUCCUGACCGAGGCCUAUGCAGACUUCGAUCUCACUAUAAAGUACUAUCAGUCUGGUUCAACGGUGCCGUUCAACUUCGUGUUCAUUAGUGAUCUAAAUAACAAGUCCAGCGCGGCCGAUUUCAAACAUAAUAUUGAUCGUUGGAUAAACAACAUGCCUAAAGGUACGGAAUAUGUUGCGAAUUGGGUGACGGGAAAUCACGAUAAUCAUCGCGCGGCUACCAGAUUCGGUGAGAAACGGGCCGAUCAACUUUCCAUGUUGGCAACUGUUUUGCCCGGUGUAAGCGUGAUUUACAAUGGCGACGAGAUCGGUAUGCUCGAUAGAAAUUUUACAUACGCCGAAACUGUGGAUCCUGCCGGAUGCGGUGCUGGAGAGGACAGAUAUUAUCUAAAAUCGCGAGAUCCAGAAAGAACACCUUUCCAGUGGGAUGAUAGCACCAGCGCCGGUUUCUCUAUCAACGAAUCAACGUGGCUUCCGGUGAACGAGAAUUAUAAAUCCUUGAAUUUAAAGGCGCAAAAACCCGAGCUCUACUCUCAUUAUAACGUGUUUAAGCGCUUAACACAACUGAAAAAGAAGUCCGUUAUCGAGCAGGGCACUUUGGAGACUGCGUUAUACUGUUACAAUUGUUCUGUCGCCGAAAAUGUUCUAGGGGUGAUACGACGAAACGAAACAUCCAUCGUAGUCCUCAUAGUGAACUUCUGCGAUACGGAGACGGUCAUCGUUAAUAUUUCAACCUGGUUAAAUAUUUCGGAGCAGUUGAUGGUGUACGCAUCCAGUGAGGGUUCCAAUCUACUUCUAAGAUCGCCUGUUAAUAUGGCUACCUUCAGUCUGUCUGGUUCGGUUUCUGUUGUGCUUGUCACAGCAGAUUUGAUCGAUUAAAUUUUUAUUUAUCUCGUGUUAAUGAAAAAAACUCUUAAGUAAAGCAAAUUUUUGGAUACAUUAAGCAUAAGUAUUUUUUCUGCAGGCAGAUUGUGUCUUGUGUAAAUACGAGAAUAAAUUUUCGAAGGAAAUGUAUUUUGUGACAAUAGCGAUUAAAAAUAAACUUGUUGCCAUUAGAUAUCGUGUUACUAUUAAAUG